GCCUUGGGCCAGUCAAGGCUCAGCGAACAGGAUAAAAUUUCAGUUCAGAUUUGCGGGAAGUUGCCAGUGUUGGGAGUAGAGAUCUGGUUUGGCGUUUGUCUGGGAGUACCCUUCUGGUGAGAGUCUGGACCAGGGGUGUAAAGGAGGUCAGGGAGAACCGUGGUCGACUUGAAAUCGCAAGAUCCUCCCGAAGGACACCGAAGGCCCAGGGUUACUGAAAACCUAAACGAGCGACCACCGAGCGAGGAACUGAAGUUGGGACAGCCGUGGCUUUAAUCAGCGUGGUAGGGAGCAAGUCGGACGCUCCUGGUUUUGGUUUCCCCGAGAGAAAGGGUGAAGAAGAUGCGAUAGUUUUCCUCCUGGGGAAGCUCCGUAGUGGAUGCGGUCGGUGAAGAUCCAAGGGCCCUCGCAGAUCUGCAGACUCAAGCCAGGAACCACGAGAGACAGAAGACAAGUGACGGAGUCAGAAACAGCAAUUGCAGAUCCCCAGGGAGUCAGCACUGGGGCCCAUGCCAGCAGGACGACUGGGAUUGGAAGGAGAAUCAGUGGGCUUCCCGCAGGUCCCACAUCACUGAUCCAGGCCCUCUGCUGCACCUCCUGCUCUCGUGCUGCUGCUAAUCCAGCCGUUCCGUCGCUUUCAGCACACCUGUCAUCAAGGCUGAGGCAAGAAUCGAAGGUGAAAUUUAAAUUUAGGAGUUUGGUAUUUUCAAGGAGCCUCCAAGGUGUGGAUGAGUGGGACAGCAUGACCGCAGAGGAUUCUGCCACGAUGAUGAAUACCGAGUCUUCUGGCAUGGCGGCGGCGGCAGUGGCGGGGGGCAAAGUGCCCGAGGGGGUGGCCGGGGCCCCGAAUGAGGCGGCCCUGCUGGCCCUCAUGGAGCGUACGGGAUACAGCAUGCUGCAGGAGAAUGGCCAGCGCAAAUACGGGGGCCCGCCCCCCGGCUGGGAGGGGCUGCACCCGCCCCGAGGCUGCGAGGUCUUCGUGGGCAAGAUCCCCCGGGAUGUGUACGAGGACGAGCUGGUGCCCGUGUUCGAGUCCGUCGGGCGCAUCUAUGAGAUGCGCCUCAUGAUGGACUUCGACGGCAAGAACCGCGGCUACGCUUUCGUCACGUACACCCACAAGCAUGAGGCCAAGCGGGCCGUGCGGGAGCUGAACAACUACGAGGUGCGGCCGGGCCGCCUGCUGGGUGUGUGCUGCAGCGUGGACAACUGCAGGCUCUUCAUCGGGGGCAUCCCCAAGAUGAAGAAGCGGGAAGAGAUCCUGGAGGAGAUCUCCAAGGUGACCGAGGGCGUGCUGGACGUCAUCGUCUAUGCCAGCGCGGCGGACAAGAUGAAGAACCGCGGCUUCGCCUUUGUGGAGUACGAGAGCCACCGGGCAGCCGCCAUGGCCCGCCGGAAGCUGAUGCCCGGCCGGAUCCAGCUGUGGGGCCACCAGAUCGCCGUGGACUGGGCCGAACCGGAGAUCGACGUGGAUGAGGACGUCAUGGAGACCGUCAAGAUCCUUUACGUGCGGAACCUGAUGAUCGAGACCACGGAGGAGGCCAUCAAGAAGAGCUUCGGCCAGUUCAACCCCGGCUGCGUGGAGCGCGUCAAGAAGAUCCGCGACUACGCCUUCGUGCACUUCGUCAGCCGGGAGGAUGCCGUCCGGGCCAUGAACAGCCUCAAUGGCACCGAGCUGGAGGGCUCCUGCCUGGAGGUCACGCUGGCCAAGCCGGUCGACAAGGAGCAGUACACACGCUACCAGAAGGCGGCCAAAGGUGGUGCCGCCUCCGAGGUGACCCCUCAGCAGCCCAACUAUGUUUACCCGUGUGACCCCUACACCCUGGCCUAUUACGGCUAUCCCUACAGUGCCCUUGUUGGGCCCAACCGGGAUUACUUCGUCAAAGCAGGCAGUGUGCGGGGCCGAGGCCGAGGAGCUGCCGGCAGCAGAGCCCCGGGCCCCAGGGGCUCCUACCUGGGGGGCUAUUCGGCUGGACGUGGCAUCUACAGCCGCUACCACGAGGGGAAGGGAAAGCAGCAGGAGAAAGGCUACGAACUGGUCCCCAGUUUGGAAUUGUCUGCUGUCAACCCCGUGGCCAUCAAGCCUGGGACAGUGGCCAUUCCCACCAUCGGGGCCCAGUACUCCAUGUUCCAGCCGGCUCCUGCUCCCAAGAUGCUGGAGGACGGCAAAAUCCACACGAUGGAGCACAUGCUCAACCCCAUCACCGUGCAGCCUGACGCUGCCGUCGCCGCCGCUGCUGCCGUCCUUCCGGCUGUCUCCACGCCUCCCCCGUUCCAGGGCCGUCCGAUAACCCCAGUGUACACCAUGGCCCCAAAUGUCCAGAGAAUUCCUACUGCUGGCAUCUACGGGGCAAGUUACGUCCCGUUCGCUGCCCCGGCCACAGCCACAGCCACGAUAGCCACACUGCAGAAGAACGCGGCCGCGGCAGCGGUGUACGGGGGUUACGCCGGCUACAUGUCGCAGGCAUUUCCUGCGGCGACCAUCCAGGUGCCCAUCCAUGACGUGUACCAGACAUACUAAUGCCCGGCCCCCGCCGGAACCGAGACCCGAAGGAACUUUUACUAUUUAUGAAGAACAACUCUACUGCAACAGCCCUCUUGGAACUUAGUGAAUAUAGAAACCCCUGAGCGUGGAGAAUGUUAGCAGAUGAUCUCUUGAAAUAUUUUAUACAUAUGAAGUUUUCACUCAUUUUUUUUAGACUCUUUGAAAAGUGGCAGGCCUGUAUUCACGCAAUUCUAAGAGACUUACAUGGGUUUUGCUCUACCACCUCUAGAAAUCGGGAUGCAGUAGCAGGUUGUAUAGGUUUUUUAGCAAUUAUAUUUUCAAUAUAUUUGUGGUAUGAAGGUUAUUUUCUUAACUUCUGCACUCCAGAGAUUUCUAUUUUGCAGUGCCUUUAAAACUAUAUCAACUUUCUAUUAGAAAGCACAACUGAGCAGCUAGGGAAAGUUCAAAUGAUGUAUUUUGAAAUCUGUUCAGUGGUUUGGUUUCUUUGUUUUUUUAAACCACUAAUUGUGCUUUGAUAAGCCCUAAAGUCCUUUUUUAAGAGUCCUGCUGCAAACAGCAGUGUAAGCAGACUGGCAUUGUCCUGGUUUGACAGUGGUCAGGAAAGAAAUGAAACAUCGAAAUUAUUUUAUUCCUUGGAACUGAGAACGCUAAUAGUUCUCUUAUUCCCCAUUCAAGGAUUAUGCUGCUCUGCCCUCUCUCCUCCCGGCUCUGCCCCCUAGCUACCCCCUACAAUUGUCUGUAACCACCUCUUCACCCUCACGAGCAUCACCUCUCUAUCCCCUCCCUUACCCUGCCCAUCCCUGCUCUCUGCCCUGCCUCAUCUUCCCCGUCUCCUCUUCCCAUGACUAUCCCCGACCCACAUCUUCCCCCUUCUCCUACCCUGGACUUUCCCCUCUUCAAACUGGCCCUGGCAGACGUAAUGCCUCCUCCAUGGCUCUUCUGGUACCAUACAAAUUACUUUAAAUAACAGAGGAGUUGUUGGCUUUAAGAUCACCACCAACUUGAUGAUGCUUUCUAUAGCAUCUCAUAGGGUUAGAGUGUAAAUCUGAUCCAGCCCAGACCAAAUAACUGGCUUAGAGUUCCCCUAGAAGAAUCAAACUUCCCUCCCCAAGACCCCCUUACUUGGGCACGAAAGUCGUAGUGGGACCGUAGCUGAUGCGUCUGAUGACAGACGUGGCCUUGUCAACCUCUCUACUCCCUCGUAGCUUCAGGCAAUAUCCCCUCAGCAGUUACAGGGUUGGAGCUUCGGAAAUACCCCUGAGCGUAGACUGCAGCCUGCCUUCCGGGAAGACUUUAGAAGUCCUGUUUGUAAAUAUCUUUGAAUACACCUUUUUUUAAGGCAUUCUGUGUCGCAAAAGUACAAGGUAUGUGGUUUGCCACAAAAUGAAAUUGUUUUAUUUGGACUUGGUUCAGCAGGUUUGCUUUCUUAGGAGGGAAAUAGGAUUGCAGUGUUCUGUGGCCUGUUUCAAGGCCUGUUUAGAGUAGUGAAAUGUAAGAUUCUCACCCACUGGACCAACUCAGGCCAAGCGAUCUGUGUAGACAGUGAGGUGCACCUUAGAGAGUGAGCUGGCAACUUCGGGUCCCAUCGGGAUUUACCAGAUCCAUGGUCUCUUCCCCGAACCAGGGGCUGAAGGGAAUGUCUGUGCAGAUGUGGACUGAGAGCAGGGUCGAGUCCUUAGCAAAUAUUUUAGAUUUUGUUGAAAGAUUAUAAAUUAAGAGAUUUACUUACCCAAAUGCUUACCUUCUCACCUUUUAUGGGGAGGUUUUUUAUAUAGUAAGCAAUAUUUAUUUAACUGUUCUUUAAGAUAAUUAAGAGCCUUUGAGGCCUUUAAACAUACCUUGUCCACCACCCCAAGAACCUUUGGUGGCCUAGAGAAGUUGUGCAAUGUUCCUGGAAAAGCCCAGGGAGACGCAUCCCCGGCGAGUCGGUGCUUAAUUUCCGGCGGGGACCGAGCCCUGGUACUCACGUUUGGGCCUCGGAUGUCUGGGGUGUUGGCUGUGGGGCCGGGGAGGUGGUCAGGUUUCCCCGUCAACGACCACUGGAGCCAGAGGCCAUGUUGGACUGGAACCGGACCAGGGAGAAGCUCACCUGGGCAUCGGUCCCCGCGCAAAUUAAGCGGCGGUCAGUCCAACCUUAGGACCCGGGGGCCGGCUCUUUCCCAGGGUGACCUUGGGGAGGAACCGCUACCGCUGGACAGGAUGCCCCCGGCCCUUUCUGUAUCAUACGUGUGUGGGCGUAGCGUCUUUGAGGCCAGGAUCCCGCCUUGGCCGAUUGCCAAACUACCUUAACCUAGCACUGGAGAAGGGGGACCCUCCUCUCUCCGGCCCCCUCCCCCUUGCCUCCCCCCGGGGCCAGGGCCUCCCUGCCCUCCUGCCCUGUUGUUUCAGAACCAUUUCAUGUACACUACUGAGGUAAGUUAUAACUGGAAAUGUGAACGCUUUAUUUUUUUAGGUUAAGAACAAACUGCGCACACACACACGAGAAAGACUCUUUUGUGUGCCCUGUUUUCAAACGCUGAUACUCUAGCUCUUCUCUUUUCUCUAGUUUGGUUCUGUCUCUUUGGAAAGCUUUAAAAUGGAUUUAGGUCUUCCUCUUAGCGAGUAGGAAAUAAAGCAUUGUCCAAAAAACCACA